UUACUUGUUGAAAAGUAGUGAGGAGUAUCAUUUCCAUCCAUCUAACUAGACGAUUGUUUUCACCACCGUUGCAAUUGUGUACUGUAAGACAAUGUGUCAAUCACCAUCGUUGAUACAAGCGCCUGAUACAAUGUUUUAGUUCAACCUAUGUGGCGUGUAGACGUCAAUAUUUGUAUAAUUUUGAUGAUACAUUGAAUCAACGCGCGUGACACCGACGACUGUCUAUCUUCGAACCCCCCAAAAUUAUCAGGAACCAUUAUUAGGCUACUAAUACUAUGAUAUUCAUAUUUGUAUGGAGAUGACAACCUCACAAUUGCAUGCGCAGGUCGUUUUCUCCGAGGGAAACUAUUCAAAUAGUUAUUUCCAUGUGUUUACCGGCGCUUCUGUUGGUGGUUUUUCAUUAGAUUAUUUGUUUGGCAUGCUGGUCCCUGUUUUCAACUCUUGUUUUGAGAGUACGAUAUAGCCUACCAAUGUCAAUGAAAAUAAACAAUGUUAGUCUUGAGAUUAGGACAGAUUUCACCCUUCUUGGUCUCAGAAUCCAUGUAAGAUGUUGUCCCUCAUAAAAUGUCAGUUUAAACUAGGUACAACAUGCUUUUGCAUUGACUGUACUUUCUGUUUCUCUGGAUAAGCUCUCACAUUGACAUCUUAGAUUCAGAUACAGAACCAGUACAGCCAGUGGAGAAUAGCGAUGUCGGUCAUACCACUAGCAUUGUCAAUGCCUGGGGCCAAAAUAAGAGACCAUAUCUUUUUUUUUUUAUGGAAAGGUGCACUGCUUGGUUUCUGUAAUCAGAGCACACUAAAACACGUUUCGUUAAACGUUUCUGUUCCAUGAGUGCUGUUGUGUCUGUCAUAGUCACCGGCUUAGGGGAGGAUGUUUUUCAGUGUCACUGACUACGUUGGCUAUCUGCAAGCAACAUUCCUCCAAUUCCAAUGGGAGACUACUCCAGAGCAGGGCCCUUCCACAGCACCGGCUUUGCAGGCCCCCUUCACACUAUUAACAUGGAUGGCAGGGACGAUUUCAUUGAGGACAGCGAAUGCCACAGCAACAAUUCCCAACAGGACAGCAUUUCAGGGCUGUGUUUGCCUCCAUAGAAGACAGUGAUAGCGACCUGGACAACCACGACUCAUCCUCCAACACCUCAGCUGACGACCACAUGACCUCCACCAAGAGAACACACCACAGGGGAGUUAAAGAAGAGAGUGAGGAGGGGGCCGACCUGAUGAGCAGCUGUGUGUGUCCUCUGUGCACCCUGGAGUUCAGCAGCCCCGAGCAGCUCAUCACACACGUCUACCAGCACACAUCGUUGAUGGGCAGCAGUAAGAACUACGUGUGCCCAGUCUGUGGGCGCACGCUCAGCUCGCCAGGCUCCCUGGGGCGCCACCUUCUCAUCCACUCUGAGGACCGCCUCUCCAACUGUGCUGUGUGUGGGACACGCUUCACCAACACCAACAACUUCAACAGGGAGAAGCUCAGAGAGGUCCUGAACACAGGCAGCAGUAUGGAAUGCAGCAGCGGAGAUGAGAACUGUUCCAUGUCCCGGUCUCUCUCCAGCAGCCCCAUGGGCAACCCCGGUCAUGGCCUGGGACACGGCCACGGGCCCAGCCACAACCAAGGAAACAACCCUGGCCGUGGCACAGGCCACAUCCCGGGACACAGCCACGGCCCGGGAUACAACCCCGGCCACAACCAAGGACAUGGACAUGGCCCAGGACACAACCAUGGCCAAGGUCUCGGACACCUCCCAGGCCACCCACUCCCUUCACUGCACCACAGCCUCCUCUCUUCACCCCCCUCUUUCCCUGACGCCCUCAGCCCCUCACCCGGCCUACCCAUGCUGCCAGACAUCCUGAGCCCCAUGCCUGUGCACCCGGCCGGAGUGCUGCUGGUGUGCAACAGCUGUGUGGCUUACCAGCAGCUGGUGGACGCCCAGUCUCCCAUGAGGAAGUGGGCCAUGCGCAGAAAGAACGAGCCGGUGGAGGCACGCAUGCACCGUCUAGAGCGCGAGCGCUCCGCCAAGAAGACCAAGCGGGAGCACGAGUCACCCGAGGAGCGGGAACUGCGGAGGCUGCGGGACCGCGAAGCCAAGCGGAUGCAGAGGCUGCAGGAGACAGAGGAGCAACGGACACGGAGGCUUCUGCGUGACAGGGAGGCCAUGCGGAUGAAGAGGGCCAACGAGACGCCAGAUAAGAGGCAGGCCAGGCUGAUCCGGGAGAGAGAGGCCAAGAGACUGAAACGGCGGCUAGAGAAGAUUGACCCCUCCCUGAGAGGUCAGAUAGAGCAUGACCCAGCUGCUAUGGCUGCCCUGACGGCAGACAUGAGCCUGUUCCAGUUCCCCUGCCCCAUGCCUGUCCCCUCUCUGGACAACAGCCUCUUCAUGAAGCUGCCCUAGCAGGACCAGGUCACUGGGGGCAGCACACUGGGCCACUAACAGUUAUAAUGGCCUCUCCACUACGCCUGUGGGUUGCCAUGGCCACAGAUGGAACCAUUCCAUGCUGGUUGAAAUUCCAGCAGCUUCUGUGUCCAACGACUUGAUACCCGAACUCCUGUGUCAGCAAAUAACAUUAAUUUAUUACAGACUAGCAGGAAAUAAGAGCAGGUUCAAGAAUGUUUCACUUAAUGGUAGGUAUUGAUAAAGCAUGUUGUAAAGAGAUUUUAUCUGUUCUGUUUUGGGGGCAAGCAGACUUUGACAUACCAGCCCAUUGUGACAGGAGGAGUUACACCCUUCCAUCUUUUGUACAUGGACCUUCAGGGGUGGGAAUGAGUCACGUAGCCCAUAGCUCUCUCCCUCGCCUCUUGUCCCUUCUGCUAGCAAAGUCACUGGAGUUUACUGGUAGCUACACCUCUCUCACGCUGCCAACGUGGGUCUCUGCUCUGGCUAGCUCAUAUCUACCCAAUCAACUACCUCAGUAAGGGGCUGAGGCCGAGCCCUCUGUGGCCUACGUUCUGACUCCAAGCUUCUUUACACGUUACACUACAGAAGAGAAUGCAGGUUUUUUCCUUAGUUUGAGGGUGUGUUUAUCUUUAGGACGUAUUCACAGCUCACCAGGAGAAUAUUCAACAGGACAGAACAUUCAGUAAGACAUAGUCAGAAAUGUACUGUAUAAAACGGGAACGAUAGAAAACGGGCCUGUUCUAUACAUCACAUUUCUAUCCGCUAUGCUCUAAAUAUGCUGUACUAUUUAAUGAUCCCUGUUUUGAGCAACAUUAUCCUCCAUUCCAGCAUAUUCUCUUCAACUCAAAAUAUACUGCCACUACUGUAGGUCUCUUUGCCUUUUAUUAGUCACAUUGACCUUCCUUACUCUGUUUUUCCCUCGUACCUUCAACACUUAACCUUUGCCAAGUAGUUGGUAAUAAUUUCCUUUUUACAUUA